AUGUCGAUAUCAAUAAUUGUCUGUUUAAUUUGGAAUAGUCAUCAAAUAGUAGGACUUACUGAAUUACCAACAGUCGAAGAUAAUAAUAUAUUGACGUCAGAAAAGAUAAUACAAGAAACGACAGACAAACUCUUCUCUUUUCUAAAAUCGAAACAGGGCAGAUCUUUUGUCCAUAAACAUCUAGUAUCACGUAGUUUGGAGGACUACGCAAAUUUGAAAAAAAUAUCAAAACUAACCAGAGUUGAUAAAAAUAUAAACAAUGAAACAGCAAAUUUUAUGACUAUAUUAAAUGAGCUAUUAAACGAGGAUCCGGGCGCAAUUGUUAGUGAUGCUGAAAACGAAGAUGUUGUAAACCAUAUUCAUGUAUUUCUUGACACUCUUAAAUAUUAUAAGGAUAUUUAUGGGGCUAAUAAACCAAAUUUACACAUUAAUGAUAAAAUAAUACAGCAUCUGAAACACCGUGAUGUGCCAUGUAAUCUUACAGAAGUUAAUAAAUUAAAUUCAUUAGAAUCUUCAGAAAAUGAAACUUUCACCGAUGAAAGUGAAUUUUGGGAGCCGAGUGGUCGUCGUAUUUACAUGGGCCACAGAACUAAAAUCAAAUAUUUUCCAUUCAUGGCUAGCAUUCAGAUCUUCAACAAGUUUCAAUGUGGUGGCUCAAUCAUCAAGUCAGACCUCGUUAUAACUGCCGCCUCCUGUCUACAAUUGGCUUGGAAUAACCGCUUUUUCCGUGAGAAUCCAGCCUUUCUCUCCGUUAGAGUCGGCAGCAGUUUCUACAGCGGUGGCGGAGAGAAUAUCCCAGUCCUGGAAGUCUACUUUCACCCCGAGUACAACCCUAGAAACUUGCGUAACAACAUAUGUGUACUGCGUCUGAUGAGGAAGUUAAAGUUUAAAAGAAGAGGUAAGAAGAGGGUAAAGAAGAUAGACAUUGAUAGAAAAGCAUAUAGUCUACCAUUGACGACUAAUGGCAUUACAAUUGUUGGAUGGGGAGCUAAACGUUCUAGUAACAUUUUGAAUGAUCCCUGGACUAAUAUAAUGUCGUUUGACGUCUUGGAUGUAUACCCUUUGGAUGAAUGCCAAGAUAUAUAUUCCAGUGAAUAUGUUACAAAGAAGCAUUUUUGUGCAGGAUUUGUGUCUAAAGGAGGCGGUGCGUGUAACCGUGAUGUUGGUGGUCCAGGGAUUGUGAAUGGACUUCUAACGGGUAUAAUUAGUUUUGGAUCUCCAGUGUGCGGCACACCAGACGCACCAACCGUCUUCACCAAGAUCGGUCACUAUAGCGACUGGAUAGAAGAAAUCAUGGAGCAGGAUGUACCCUACAUCAAGAAAAGAACAACUCUCAAGCUUUAUACUGACCCUUCCACAAGACCUAUACACUAUACGCUUGCACCUACCACCUUUAAAAUAGAUCCUAUCGAGGGUGCAAUAAACCCUAUACCCAUAACUGAUAGAGAAGUUUUAAGAAAUUUAAAUGAUAACGGUCUAUUUAAUGAAUUCCUUCUGAGCAUGUUCGGAAGCAAAGAAGUGGAGGAAUACCAAGAAUUGUUCAGGAAUGCUAAAGAAAACAACAACAAACGAGAAGUAUCCGCUAAGAAAAACACUGUUGACGACUUUAAAGCAGAAACUGUUAUUGAUACAGCUACUGAAAUUGGUAUACUUAAUAAGGAUAAGCCAGGAGUUAAAUCAGGAGCAGUACAGGUUAAAAUGGCGACUGGAAUCGGCAUAGUGGAACCGGACAGUGACGAACCGGUUACAAAAACUUUAAAGGGUUAUACCGUUUUGGAGAAUGAAGACUUGGAAAAGCAGAUGGAACAAGAUAUAGGUAAAUUAAUAAACAAUAUUGAUAUGAAGGAAAUUGCAGGUGAAGUUAAAACUGGAACUGAGGAUGUAGAUGAAAAAUCAUUGAUUAAUUUGUUGAAACAUAAACGCCAAAACGGUAAAUGGAAAGAUCUACAUGAUGAUUCUGUAUUGAAUUUAUUGUAUCUUUCUGACAGUGAAAAAAAGAAACAUAAUUUCGAUUCCAGUGACAAUAAUGAUAAUGUCCAAGUUGGUCUAAGUAUACCAACAGACUCGUUUAAAGAUAUCACGUAUAGAAAUAAUGAAACAUUCAAUGUCUAUGAAUUUUUAUCGAAAAAUGAAUUGUAUGAUUUAUUGUCGAAGGAAAUUGAUGCACAAACUAAAAUAUAA